AUGACCGUCGAACUCGAGGACAACAAGGACACACACAUCGAUCUCAAGGACGACGCUCUUACUAUCAAGGCGAAGAAGGAUGGAAAGGAUUACGAAUGUGCCAUCAGCUUCUACAAGCCUAUCAAAGCCUCGGAGGUCAUGAAGGCCGACGAACGCUUCCUCAGGUUCAAGCUUCCCAAGGCUGAUGAGGAGAAGUGGCCCUCUCUGAACUCUGACGGCAAGAAGCACUGGCUCAAAAUUGACUGGGACCGCUGGGUCGAUUCUGACGCCGAGGACGAUGACGUUGCCAGAGACAACUUCGACAUGGGCAAUUUCGGAAACUUCGGCGAUUUCGCAGGCAUGAGCCCCGACGGCUUCGAGGACGAUGAUGAAGACUUCAUGGGCGACGAGAACGAUUUUGACAAGAAGGUCGAUUGCUGCAGCGCAGGCGACUGCGGGUGUGACAAGUGCGAGUGUGGCUCGGUAUGCAACUGCGGUUCCAAGUGCAAGUGCGAGGAAUGCGCCUGCGAUGUUGACUGCGAUUGCGACGCCGAGUGCUUGAACACCGAUGGCGGAAAGGUCAACGAGUGCUGCAGCAAGGGUGACUGCGCGUGUGACAAAUGCGAAUGUGGGUCGGUAUGCAAGUGCGGUGCCGACUGCAAAUGCGCGGAUUGCGCCUGUGACACUGACUGUGACUGCGGCGCAGCAUGCGUGAACGUAACUGCCAGCUCGGGCGCGAGCUGCAAGUGCUGCGACGACUGCACUUGUGGAAGCAACUGCGCUUGCACGCCAGAAAACAUGUGCACACCUAACUGCAAGUGCGCCGCCACCGCAGCCUAA